UCUGUUCUCCUUCAGGGUGUGGUUGGUGGAGUAACAGGAAUUGUGACCAAACCGGUGGAAGGGGCGAAGAAAGAGGGGGCUGCAGGCUUCUUCAAGGGCAUUGGGAAAGGCCUGGUUGGAGUGGUGGCCAGACCUACAGGGGGCAUCAUAGACAUGGCAAGCAGUACUUUUCAGGGCAUUCAAAGAGUGGCGGAAUCAACUGAAGAGGUGACUAAAUUAAGGCCAGUGCGUCUCAUACAAGAGGACGGCAUCAUACGGCCCUACAACCACCAUGGGUCGGAGGGCUAUGACCUCUUUCAGAGGUCUGAGAUUAAACAGUUGGAUGGAGAGAUAUUCAGAGAACACUAUGAGUACCCAGGGUGCAAAAAAACAAACAUCAUUAUCACCAACAGGAGAGUGAUGUGUGUGAAGGAGAUCGACGUGAUUGGACAUUUCAAUAAAGAAUGGGAAUGUCAAUUUGAGAACUUUCAAAGGCCUCCAAGCAAAGAAGGAGGAGAUUUGAAGAUAUAUUACCGGGAACAGAACAAAUUAAACCUCAUUAAGAAGGAUGGACAGAUGCUAGUGAAAGUGAUACACAUGAGACAUGCUGACAUGGCUGAGAGACUGCGAGAAGGAAUUGACAGUGCCCAGUUUGCACGCAGGCAAUAUCAGAUGGCACGGCAGAAAUCACAGCGCUUCGUCAAAAUGGGCAACAUUUAAAUUAGCCAGACAAACCAUGUAAACACAUGCCCACAUCAUCUACGUUUAAUAUACUGCCUAGCAUUCAAAGUAUCAAUUAUGUAUAGAAAUAUAUUUUAGCAAAUCUAUUAGUUAAACUCAAUGAAGUUUUGAAUGUGUCUGAAAUGUUUGAAAGUUUUUUUUAGUUAAAACUAAAAAAUGUUUUUGGAUGUUUAAGCACUUCGCCUUGUGUUUUGCUUGAGGUCUUGAUGAUGGGAGAAAUCAAAUAUGGAAAAGAGAUUGUUUUGUUAAUUAUUUUGUUAAUUAUUAUUAUUUUGCACUUGCUAUAAAAAUACAUCACUUCAAUAUACAACUGUAAUGUAUGAGGCUUGUCCAGUUUAGCUCACUUAUCUUGAUUACAAAUCCUGUCAUAAAAGAAAGACAAAAACUUGUAU